AUGUCAGUUCGUUUCGCCUCUCAACCUUCAGAGUCAAAAGAUGACAGUGAUGUCGAUGAAGUUUCACGUUCAUUCUACGAUUUCGGACUUGAUAAUCGAUUAUUAAAGUCAAUAGCCGAUUUACAAUGGGAAAAUCCGACUCCAAUUCAAGCUGAAACAAUUCCGUAUGCAUUGAUUGGUAAAGAUUUACUUGUUAAAGCUCGCACCGGAUCUGCUGCUAUUCAGCAUUUACUUUCGACACCAGUGGUAUCAUCAUCAUCAUCAACUGAAAGUAUUAAAUCCAUUCGUAUUUUGGUACUAUCCCCAACAAAAGAAUUAUGUCAUCAAAUAUCCCAAGUAUUUGUAAAACUAUCGACUUAUUGUCGUCGUGAAAUCGAUCUUUACGAUUUAUCUAAUUCAUUAUCCACAACAAUUCAAAAACAAACGUUAUCGUUAUUUCAUAAUAAAACACCAGAUAUAAUCAUAGCUACACCAACCAAAUUACUCGAACAUUUGAAAGAAAAUCACUUAAACAUAUCAAAAACAGAAAUGUUUAUAGUUGAUGAAGCUGAUAUUUUGUAUUCUCUUGGCUACACAUUGGAUAUGAAUAAAAUUUCAAAAUAUCUACCGCCAAAGUCAAAAUCGUAUCAAUGCUUUCUUAUAUCAGCCACAUUAAAUAAUGACAUUUUAAAAUUAAAAAAUUUGUUUUUACAUAAUCCCGUGUUAUUAAAACAAAAUGAUGAUUACACAACAAUAUUACCUGAUAGUAAACAAUUACAACAUUACUACAUCAAUUGCGAAAAUGAACAAAAGUUUAUUAUUAUUCUUACCGUAUUCAAACUAAAUUUAUUAUAUGGACGAACGAUACUGUUUGUUAAUACCGUUGAACAAGGUUAUCGAUUAAAAUUAUUUCUAGAACAAUUUCAUAUAAAAACUUGCCUAUUGAAUAGUGAAUUACCGAUGGAUUCUAGAUUACAUAUCGUACAGCAAUAUAAUGAUGGAUUAUAUGAUAUUAUGAUUGCAACCGAUGAAUUAUAUUAUCUAACAGAACCAAAGGAUACGACUGAUGGUAAUGAAGAAGUAAAGCCAGAAGAGACUUCAACCAAUAAGAAGAAAAAAAAAACGAAAGAAAAAAGUGAAAAUGUUGGUCGUAAACAAGAUAAGGAAUAUGGUGUAUCACGUGGUAUUGAUUUUUAUCGUGUUGCUAAUAUAAUUAAUUUUGAUUUUCCACACAAUCUUGAUUCAUAUGUACAUCGUGUUGGUCGCACAGCAAGAGUAGAUCAAAAAGGUUUGGCAUUAUCGUUGAUUAAUCAAAAUGAAAUAAUAUAUUUUGACGAUGUACGUGAACAAUUGUUGAAUGAAUAUGAUGAAGAUGUAUUUAAGUUAUAUCGCUUUAAAGCUGAACAAGUUGAUGGUUUUCGUUAUCGUGGUUCAGAUGCAUUGCGAUCGAUAACACGAACGGCAAUACGUGAAGCUCGAUUAAAAGAAAUAAAGUCUGAAUUAUUAAAUUCAAAAAAAUUAAAAAUUUAUUUUAAUGAUAAUAAAAAAGAAUCACAGUUGUUGCGACACGAUAGUGCAUUACAUAUUGUCAAAGUUAAAGAGCAUCUCAAACAUGUACCCGAUUAUCUCAUACCUAGUGCAUUAAAAAAGAAAUCAAAUGAUCAUGAACCAAUUACAACAACAGAACCACAAACAACAUCGACAACGACAGCAGCGAUAACGAUGAAAAAUAAUAACAAACGAAAAUUUGAUAUUAAUAGUGAUGCAAAUAGAAUGAAUAUGAAAAAAAUGAAGAGAUUAAAUCCUCUUACAAAUUCGUUUGAUGCUAUGGCUACACGAAAACGACAAAAGACCCGUCAAAUGAGUCCAGUUAUCGAUGAAGCAUCCUCUUUAACGUCAUCGAAUAAUGUAGACAUGGAUUAUGUAUCACCAUUAGAACGGGAUAACGAUUUAUUUUUAUUACAUUUAAAUGAUCAAUUUGAUCAAUUUUGUAAUGGUUCGUCUGUGGAUCAAAAUUCUUCCUUUGAAAAUUUAAUACGUAAUUUACACGAAUAUGAACUUGAUUAUCGUACUAAUUCAUUGUAUUAUUCGACAUUAAAACAAGAAUGUGAUAAUAAUGAUCAAAAAAUAACUAGUAAUAUUAAUGAUAUUCAAUCAUUACGUACAACUAUUAAUGAACGUAAACAAUAUUUAAACGAAGUUAAAUUACGACGUCGACAUCAGUAUGAUUAUGAUAUAAUGGCGAAUAUUAUUCUUCGUUUACCAUCACGUUCGCUAUCAGAGAAUAAAUUACGUACACUAAACUCAGAUAUUGAACACUUAAAAUCAGAAUUAACUGCGUUAAAUAAUCAAUUAUUAACAUAUCAAAAACAAUCGAAAGUUGUACUCUAUUCAUUAUUGGAAUUAGUUGGCUUCAUUGAUGUCAAACUACCGAUUAAUUUUGAAGAAGAAAUUGGAAGAUUAGACAAUCAUAAUAUUGAAAUGCAAGAUGCUUAA